AAAAUUCUCUUUCAAGUGUUAUGGUGUACCACUGAAAACUCAAGUUCAUUUUUCAAACGGAUAAGAGAAUAACCCAAUGGCUUGCAAUUCUACACCCCUCCUAUCACCACCCAAAACCACCACCGUCGCAACCGUCCACCACCACCACCACCACCACCACCCACUCCAACCCAUCUUCCUCACCAAACCCACCCUCCCCCGCAAACUCCCCACAAAACUCCACGUCUCCUCCUCCCCAACCAACAACCCCACAACCACACCCUCCCCCCCACAACCCCCACCUCAAAAACCCAACCAAGAAACCGUCUUCUUCGACGGCGGAGCCCACUACGGCGACCUCGUCGCAAAUCUCUUCCUUGGCUUCACCCUCGUCUGGCUCCCCUUAACCUUAGCAGCAGUCUCACGCGCCCUCUACCUUCGUUACAGGUUCACCAACCUCAGAGUUACCGUUAUCUCCGGGCUAACAGGCGAGGACAGAAGCGACUUUUCAUAUAGUGUUAUCAAAGAUGUUCAGGUUGUUCCUAGGUUCAUCGGUGAAUGGGGUGACAUUGUUAUCACGUUGAAAGAUGGUACUAUAGUUGAUCUUAGGAGUGUUCCUAAGUUUAGAGAAAUUGCUAAGUAUUGUCUCUCUAUGAAGGAUAAAUCUUCUCAAGAUUUGAAUCAAUCUGGUGGUCCUAAAGGCUUUGGAAAAUAAAAAUUAUACAGGGUGCAGGGUACAAUGGAUGAAAAUAUGAUCCUUCAAAUUUAUCAAUUCUCAUACUAUGGUAGUUAAAACAAUAGUCAAAGGGUUCUCUCACAUUUUCAUAAAUAACAAGCAUGUUUGCGAAGUGUUACAAGAAACUUUACAGGCACUGGUUGAGUACAAAUGAAUAUAAGUAUCUACAAGAUAUUGUUAAUACAAAUGUACAAAAAUUUAUACAAAUUUAUUUUUGACAAAUCUUCUUUUCAAUUUUCUAUAAAUUGUGUUUGGAUGGGAAAUUUUAACUAGGUAAGUAAUUAUUGAAGGGUAGA